AGAAUAUUUACCACAUACUUAGGUUAAUUACUCACUUAAACAUCUCUUCUAAAGUAGUCACUCACAUUCCUGCCCAUAUAGAUAGGUAAAACGUGGGGAAAGAAAAUCAUAAAACGCAUGUAGAAACACUGUAAAUGAGUCCACCCAUCUCCAUUUGUGUACAUGUAAAAGAAAAUUCAAUCCCUUUAUGAGGAAAACUGGGUCAUGGGAUUUUUAACUUCCUCCUUUAGUGUGCACAAUCACUCUGCAAACACAAAAAAUUCAAAACUUUACAACAUUUUGCUUUUCACAGGUGUUGUAGUACCUUUCUUUGCCCAAUAGGUGUCGCUCAACUACUGCGUCCUUUCCUCCAGCGUCCAACCUCUGGUCCCUGAAGACUGGGUAAAUUGUUGUCCCGGACCAAUCAAAGAAGAUGUGGGCGGGCUCCUGUCGUUACUACAAGAUACUCCUAAGAGUUUGCUGCGACCUGCUGUACCUAUGAGUCUCCAAGUAAAUGAAAAGCAUCGGCAGACGCGCUGAUUAUGCCGAGAUAAGGAGCACGUGAUCCGCGCUCCGUCCGAUAAUGGCAUGCGAUGGUUCCUCCGCGGUUGAUUUCCCGGACAAAGUGGCGUUCAGAGCGACUCCCUGUACGUGCGGCGAGAAGUGCAGAGGUCAGGGCAGCAGUAUGGUUUUCUUGGGAUUCUUCCUGCUGUCGCUGUGUCUGCACGCAGUCACCCUUGUCUGCUAUCUGGACCUGCGCUCCGAAGUCAAAAGGGAAAAGGUUCUCCAUCAGAGACGAGAGUCUGUGAUGACCCUUACCUGGAGUGACCCGGUAGGUGUGCUUCCGCCCGGGGGAUACCAGCGACAGGACUCCCGCAGCGGAGAGAACAGACAGGAAAGAUUACAGUACAGAAAUGACGGCUUCCGCUCCACAGAGGACCACAGGGACAUAACUCAGCGGGUGAAAAGGAGUUCCAGCAAGGAGACAGAAAUUGAAUCAACUGGAAAAGAAAAAAGAAAAGACAAGAAGAAAGGAAAAAAAAGAAUUGUGCCAGGGCCCCCAGGUCCCCCAGGUCCUCCGGGUCCUCAGGGGCCACCAGGGAUCCCUGGAAUACCUGGCAUUCCUGGAAGCAAUGUUGUAGGGCCUGCAGGGCCUCCUGGACCCCCUGGGCCACAAGGACCACCAGGAAGUCAAGGUCCAGCAGGCGUCUCUGAUAAGACUAAAACAAAAGACUUCCAGCCAGCAGUGGUUCAUUUACAAGGACAGGAAACAACUAUUCAAGUGAGAGAAGAUCUAUCUCAAGGCGUUCUUAAGAACUGGAAGAUGGUGUCCAUCCAUCACCGCGUGUUCAAAAUGCACUCUCGCACUGGACAGCUUGAGGUGCUGUUGGAUGGUGUCUACUUCAUAUAUAGUCAGGUAGAAGUGUACUACCUCAACUUCACUGACAUCGCCAGCUAUGAUGUGAUGGUGGACUCGCACCCGUUCCUCCGCUGCACCUGCAGCAUUGAGACAGGCCAGCGCAAGUUCAACACCUGCUACACGGCCGGCGUGAGCCCCCUCCGAGCCGGCCAGAAGAUCUCAAUACGCAUAGCCCACGAGUACACCCUCAUCAACAUGACAAACCACACCACAUUCCUGGGAAGUGUCAGACUAGGAGAAGCUCCAUCUGCUGGAUAGAUCAGACAGCUUCGCAACCGCCGGCUCCUUUGCAUGAACAUCCACUUGAGCUGUCUUUUUAUCCUGCCUGAUGUGAAAUCACUGCGUUGAUAAGGAGCAACCCGAAGUUCAUGAACUGCUUCUGUUGAGAGGACACUUGAGUUCUUAUAGUUGAGAAUGCUUGGGUGACAUCAAAAGACUUUUCGCUGCAGUUCUGGACACAGAAACGAAUCCUGACGAGCCGCAUAUCCUCAACAACCACACAUUUCUAUUUAUAGUCACCCUUUUGUGCAAAUGCACGCAGCAUCUUUUUUUAUAACAAGGAAGGACACUGCGCUGACAGAUUCAUAGUAAUUAAAUACUUUCAAGUGCCGUUGAGUGAAUCUUGUAGCUCUAAAAACACCAUCUGGUUCGUAUGUUUUCUUUUCCUUUUUCAUUUUUCAUUUGACUGUUCUCGGUGGGUGGUUUAACAAAGGAUUCAAAACCCCCGAAGGUACAAGUAAAACUAAGAAAAUCUAUUAAAACUGAACUUAUAAGGUUUUCACAAAGCAACAGCACGACACAUUUGCACACUUUUGCACGAUGGCAUCCUUACAGAAAACCCGUGUUUUUUUUCACAGUUCUAUUGUUUAGUUAUUUUAUGACUGAAUCUAUGUAGAAAACCAGCAGUUGUUAAUACAGCUCUGUACAUACUGUAUAUAAAAUGGAAUAUACUUUUGUAUAUGAAGUUGAUUGAUGGAUUACAAUGUUGACGUUUUCUGCCUAAAUGCAUUUGUCUAUCUUUUGGUGGUAUUCAUCUAUAUGGUUCCAACUUCUCUUUCGCAUCGAGUGAAAGCUGGCAUGAUCACUGACAAGAACAGAUGAUGUAGUGUGCGGAAGGGCUUUGUCUUUAUGGGCUUUCACAUUGGCUGCAGGUUUGAGCAAACACUACAACCCUGGCUGUGAUUUUAAUACAGUUGAAAUUAGUUCCAUCUUGAGUCACUGAGAGAAUAGCUCCUCAUUUACCACCUAUUUUGAAACCCAAAGUUUCCGGAUUUUUACUGAUGCAUCAUUUCAGCCAUUAUGGUGACUUGAGGACGUACAGAUCCCCUAUACUUUACAAUGGUUUACUGCCACUAACAACACUUAACCUUUUCUUGGUAUAUAGAGCCAGUGAUCUAAAAAGUGAUUUUUUUUAAACUCCAAGGGGACAUAACUCUACAAUUAAAUCAGCAACCUUCAAAGGAACUCGGAACUUAGUGGGAAAAUGGCCAAGAUGUCUAAUACUGGGGAGGUAUGUUAAUGAUUACUCAGGAUGGAGUCAUCUUGGACAAUAUACUACUGAGAUUUGAGCUAUUACUGAAUGUUCGGAUAGCUCUGCAAUAAUAAAUGUUAUCUUAAUGUUUUGUUU